AUGGAAUCAAUUGAUAUUAAUGAAAAUUUGAAAAUCAUUCCGUCCAAAAUCAACCCAAUAUUCGCUUAUGUGAACGUUAACGACGAUGACGACAUUCCUAAAGAGAUCCCAGACGAAAUGCGAUGUUUUUUGACGGGAACUAGAUUGAAAAUGGAAGACGAACGAAAAUUGUCGAAAGUUCAAACAAGAGAGAUUGAAGACAAAAUAGCUUGGAAGCACUUCGAAGAGAACGUAAGAGUUAAAGACAAAAGAAUAUCAGUGAAAUUUCCAAUAAAGAGUAACGUACAGUCAAUCGAUAAUAACCUAAACAAAAGUUUCGGAUGUCUUAAAGGGAUUUUGAAGUCAUUAGAACAGAAAAAAGAACUGUUAGGAAUUUAUGACAGAACUAUGAGAGAACAGAUAGAAAUGGGAAUAUUAGAGCAUUGCCCAAGGCAGAAUCACCCUUUUUUCACGUACUACAUACCACAUCAUUUUGUCUUGAAGAUGUCCAGUUCAACAACAAAAUUGAGGAUAGUGUUGAAUGCUUCUAGUAAGAGCAAAAAUUCACAAUCUCUGAACGAUAUCCUUUACCAAGGAGCCAAAAUAAUACCUAACGUACUGGGAAUGCUGUUACGUAUUCGAUUAAGCGAAGUUUUCAUCAUGGGCGACGUAGAAAAAGCUUUCCAUCAGAUAGAGCUAGAUGAAAGUCAGAGAGAUUUAACUAGAAUGUUGUGGGUUAGAGAUGUAACUAAGGAAGCUUACGGUAACAAUGUGAUGUAUCUUCGAUUCACUAGAAUCCCUUUUGGAGUGAACUGUUCACCUUUUUUACUAGGAGCUGGUAUAGCGUAUUUCUUGGAAAGAAAGGACCAAGACAUCUUUCGAGAAAUCUUAAAAAACAUUUAUGUUGAUAAUAUAAUACUGAAUGGAAUGAAAAGGAGUGAGAUUCUGGAUAAAUAUAAAACUAUAAAGGAAAGCUUCCAAGAGAUAGGGAUGAAUGUUCGGGAAUUCUAUACCAACGAUACGCAUUCCAUGCAACAGAUACCAGAGAAGGAACGAAUUAAAGAUAACCACUUCAAGAUUUUAGGAUUGAAUUAUGAGAGCAGUACAGAUAGUUUCAACAUAAGGAUUCCUACAUGGACAGAAAAAACCAUAACGAGAAGAACCAUAUUGAGUUAUAUCAAUUCCAUAUUCGAUCCAUUGGGAUUUACGAGCCCAAUCGUAGUGAGGUUAAAACUGUUCCUAAAGAAAGUAUGGGAAGUAAAGACCGAAUGGGAUUGCGAGUUGAAUGAUGAAUUGAAACGGGAAUGGAACGGUUUAAAAGAGAAAAUCGAAAGUCAAAAGCUGUGCUUUAAAAGGAAUAUAAUGAAAGAGUCAACUGAAGAAAAGGAGAUAUUACUCUUCACAGAUGCAUCCAAGGAUGUUAUAGCAGCAGUUGCAUACAUAGUCUUCAGGAAAGACAAGAAAGUAGAGGCAAUAGAAUUCUUAUGUGCAAAAACAUCCACCAUGGUAGAGGGAUCUAUUCCAAUGAAAGAACUUUCAGCCCUUCUGUUCGGGAUGAAAAUGAUAGAAGAGAUUGUUAAGGAAAUCGAUACAGCAAUCGAAAAAAUCAAUAUCUUCACAGACUCCCAAGUAGUUUUAUGUUGGUUGAGGAAGAACCCUACUAAAAAAGUCUACGUUCGCAAUCGAUUGGAGAAGAUCAAGAAAAUCCAAGAAUCAUUUGAGAAUAUCACCGUGAAGUUUUUCUAUGUCAACACAAAAAAUAAUCCGGCUGACUUACCCACUCGAGGAGUGGCCGAGAUAAACGAAAAUUAUUAUGAAUGGUUAGCUGGACUUAUUUGGUAUAAGAAUGAGGAGGAAUAUCGUUCGAUAGUGAAGACUCAACUCGAAGUUAUGAGUAUAAAGGAAGAUGAGAUAGACAAUAAGAUAAUUAAUCUGUUGAUUUCUAAGCAAGUAACUCAAAAAGAAAACAACGAUUUAGAUUAUCUAGCCCAACGAUAUUCUAGCUAUCCUAAAUUUAUUAAUGUUGCUAGGAAUAUAUUUCUAUUCAAAGCAAGGAUCUGUAAGAAAACGAAUAUUGAUGUUGAAACAUUGAAUUGGAAGCUAAUGAACGCGGACACGGUAAUAAAGCAGAAUAAGAUCUGCGUCAGAAUGCUUAUUGCGAUUCAUCAAGAACAAAACAUAUCUAAGUUGGAGAAUCAAAGAUAUAAGAGUCUAGAUGUCAUUAAAGAUAAUGAAGGAAUAUUGAGAGUGCGAGGACGGUUGGGACACGUGAAUAAGUCGGAGUCCGAGCACCCCAUUCUAUUAUUUGGUAAUAAGUUUUUUACUAACCUCCUCUUAAAAUACAUCCAUGACAUUUCUCUGCAUGCCCCGAGAGAAACCUUGAUAAGUAUCGUAAGAAAAGAAUUCUUCAUAAUUAAAUUGAAAAAAUGUUUGAAUGAUAUAACUUCGAAUUGCCUGCAAUGUAAGAAAAUUAAUAACCGACCAUUCAAGUAUCCAAACUUCCCCCAACUACCAAAAGAAAGGGUAGUGAAAUUUAAACCGUUCGAAAACAUCGGAAUUGAUUACGCUGGUCCUCUAUUAGUUAAAACUGAAGAACAGACUACAAAGAAAGUAUGGAUCGUAUUAAUAACAUGCCUCUGUACACGAGCUGUAUAUUUAGAAGAAGUGACGGACUGUUCUAGUGAGACUCUCAUAUUAACUUUACGAAAGUUCUUUGCCAGGAAAAGAAUACCUAGUAAAAUCAUUUCUGACAAUGGUAGCCAGUUCUUAAAAACAGACAAAAUAUUACAAUCGUUCUGCUUUGAAAAGAACAUUGAAUGGAGAACGAUAACCCCUUAUUCCCCAUGGAAAGGAGGGUUCUAUGAAAGAUUAAUUGGGAUAACCAAAACGUACCUCAUUAAAACACUUGGCUUGAAAAGAGUCAGCAUCAGAGAACUAGCGGUAAUUCUAGUGGAGAUCGAGAACUUGAUGAAUAACAGACCUAUAGCAUGUAUAGAUAAUGAAUUCGAAAAAAUCAUCACUCUGAAAUGUUAA